AUGCGUGGUCCGUGGCUCACUGCCUCCAUGUGGAUGGACGGAGACCGGUAUGAAGCAACGAAAGGCACCAAUGGACAUGGAGCCCCUCACCAGCUGGAGUGCCCCAUGAGCGUCUGCAGAGACAGCGGUUCUGAACCCUCUUCAGGGACGAGCAGCGUGAUUGCUGGGCUUGCACCAGCGCUGGUGGAGGCCCCUCGCCAGGCGGCUGCUUGGAGCAACGACACCCACAGUCUGCGAGCUGGUGCCGCACCCCGGGAGCGCGCUUCGCACGACGGCAGCUCGAUCACAGCUCCCACGCGCAGCCCUGGCUCCAGCUAA